UGAACUUUGGAAAUCGCCAAGUGGUUAAAUGGGUAUAAUUUUUUUAGUUUUGGCCGCGUUUUUGUCGGGCGAAACGUAGGUCUGUGUGACGUAGGGCUUUUAGAUCUUUUUACUUACAGCCACUCGGCUGAGGCAUUUAUCAUAUGCUGGCACUUCAGAUUCAGUGUUCUGAUGAUUGGCUGAAUGCGGUUCAGCAAAGGUAUAGAAAGUGCGAAUAGCCGCCAUUUUUAUACGCUUGGCCACGCCUUUUUGUAAAAGCAUGGUCCAGAGCAUGGCCUGCUUAGCACGCGCACGUGGAGCAGGCCUGCAGGCGGGUGUACGAGGGACGAUCAUCAUGGCCGACAAUCUCAGCGAGACCGAAUUGAGAGAAAAUAUUGCAGAAAUUAUCGACAAUGGGGAUCUGGCGACAUUAACUUCUAAGAAAAUUCGACAAAUAUUGGAAAAGAAACACAACACUACCUUAUCGCAUAGAAAGAAGCAGAUUGAUGACAUAGUCAUGCAAUUGGUUGAUGAAAAGUCGGAUAACAGCGACGAGGAGAGUGGAAGUAAAAGUGACGCUGGAAAGAAAGAGGAAUCGUCAGAAAAAGAAUCCAAAUCUCCAGUCAAAUCUGAAAGGAAAAGAAAAGUGAAGGAUGAGAGUGAUUCAGAUGAUAUGUCUUACCAGAGUGAGAGCGAAAGUGACUCGGAUGAAAAGAAAAAACCAAGGAAGAAGAAAGCUGCUAGGAAUAAGGAAAAGGGAAAGGCAGCCAAGAAACCCAAAGCCGAAAAAGGAGAAGGAGGAAAGAAGAAAGGAGGUUUCUCAAUGCCAAUGUUGUUAUCACCAGAACUGGCAGAUCUCAUGGGGGAAACACAUAUGGCUCGUUCAGAGGUUGUGAAAAAGAUGUGGCAGAUUAUCAAAGAAAGAGAUUUAUUGGAUCCCACAAACAAACGGUACACAAUCUGUGAUGAACAGCUGGAAAAAAUCAUUGGACAAAAGCGAUUCAUGACAUUUGCCAUGAUGAAAUACCUCAAGAAACAUGUCAUUGAUCCAUCCCAGGUGCAGUAAAGGUACACAGAAGGAUAAACAAAGACCUGAGGUGAUCUGGCUGUGUGCCAGUUUAUGUAGUAGUUUGUUCCAGUUUGUUCUCGUUCGUUGCGUUUUUAAAGCGGUCAUCCAUGCUAGUAAGAUAUCGAUUUGUGACCACGAAUUGUUUUUUAACAAGUGAAGAACUAAACUGUUUUAGUGAAGGUUCAAUGCUUUAGUGAAUGCAAAACUGGGCAGUCUUUGACGAUACAUUUAUGAAUUAACCAUUCACUACAAAUUCCCAGAAAAACUAGAAGUUUGGGAGGGCAACAUUCAGAAAAGAUGUUUGCGCUUUGAAAUGGUACACACAAAAUGUAAUACUCAAUCGCUCUCCCUGACUUCUCAUAGCAUUAUUUUUAGAUUAUUUGAAUAGCUUUUUAUGGUCUUUAGUCGGUGCAUUAUCGCCACCAUUUUAUUGAGCAGUUUUUGUUAUUCCAAUGAAGUUGUAUUAAGCCUAAUCUUACUGGAGUUAAAUUGUAGGCGGCCUAAAACUGCCCUAGAAAUUUUUCGGUAAUUUGUCAAUAUAAUUAGUAAUGCAUAAAUAUAGUAAUGUAUAAUUACAUGUAAUUGUACAUUACUAAUUAUAUUGAAAAAUUACCAAAAAUUUUCUCACACAGUUUUGGGCUGCCUAUGGUUAAAUCCACAAUUACUGCAAAAAUUGUGGAUGGUAGUACUAGAAUUCAUGAAGUCUAAAAUUGUUUAUUUGAUACUUAAUGUUGAUGAGUUAACUGAUGUUCCUUAAAAACACCGGCAUAGAAAAAAGGUUAAAUUAUUUUAAUUUGUGCUAAACUUUUAUUUCUUUUGGUCGACUUCUUUUUUUCAUUCAUGCCUUAUGGUAUGAAGUGUGCCUCCACUGUGAUCUUUACAGUAAUGGUUGAUUAACUUCUUUAAGAAUGAUAUUGGCAUUCGUUAAUGGCAGUUAUGGUAUACUAAAGGAGUAAAAAUAUUCAUGUUCGUUUUUAUAGUUAACCAUAGUGGUAAUAAAUCUGGUUACUUAUUGA